UAUCAAGCCAAUGGCUGGGGCUCAGUUUGAGUAUGAUGAAAGCGGUGCUACAGCGUACUAUUUCUUUAUUUCUUUCUUAGCCAUGAUAAUCAUUCCUAUGACAUACUUUCUAUGGCCUAUAGGAUGGCGUAAAGAUACGAGUCGCAAAGAAAAAACACCGGAGAGACAUAUCAGUAAAACGAAAACCGUUGUUCUCCUGGUUGGAUGGUCUCUGCUGGCAUUCUUGGCCUACCGGAUGUCGUACCUAGAAACAGAGACAAUACCUUUCGAUCCCUACGAAAUACUGGAAGUGGAUCGCACGGCUACUGAGAGUGAGAUUCGACGGCAGUACAAGAAGCUGAGCUUGAAAUAUCAUCCUGAUAAAGAGGAUGGAGAUCCUGAGCGAUUUAUACAGAUAUCAAAGGCCUAUGAUACAUUGACAAAUGAAGAUUCAAGGUUAAACUGGGAGAUGUAUGGAAAUCCUGAUGGACCAGGAGCCGUUCAAUUUGGAAUUGCUUUACCAGCAUGGAUUGUUGAAAAGAAAACAUCAUUCUGGGUUUUGGUUUUAUAUAUUGUUGCUAUCGUCAUUGUUCUGCCUGCUGUUGUUGGAACAUGGUGGUACAAAAAGGUCAGAUAUGCUGGUGACGACAUUCUUGUGGAGACAAUGAGACUGUAUGAAUACUAUUUGGGAUUUAGCUCACAGCUGAAUGUGCAACGUUUGAUCAUGAUUGUCGGAGCUUCACGUGAGUUUUGGAGUCGAAACAAUACAGAAAUUGCAGAAAGAGAGCAAGACAUCACAACAAUCGAAUCUUUGAUUAAAAAGCUGGGAAAUGUACGGGAGAAGAACAGAGAACCUUGCAUUCGAGAUGGAUGGAGCCUAAAGGCACGAACACUUCUUCAUGCUUACUUUGCAAGAGAACUAAUUCCUGUCAAAGAACUGCAAAAUGAUCAAAUUGCUGUGCUACUGCGCUGUCCUGCUCUUCUACGAGAGAUGUUAAAUAUUACUUCUGGCAUGACGUUGCAGCUACAAGAGCAUCAGAAAGAUGAGAUGGGCAAGAAGGGGAAACGGGAGAAAAGAAAUCGACGAUGUCGUCCUCCUGGUGUUGCUGCUGUUGCCGCUUGCAUCAAACUGAGUCAAAUGAUUGUGCAGGCUGCUUGGGAUCGAGGCGACAAAGGCCAUCCAAUGUUGAUGCUCCCUUAUGUGACAGAUCAUACAAUUCAAUUUUUUAGGGGACGAAAGACUCGGAUUCGUGGUGUAAAAGAUUUUGUGUUAUUGUUGGAUGCCAAGAGAAGAGAGUUGUUACAGGGAGCUCUUUCUGCUGGUUUAAGUGAUGAUCCAAGUUUAACUGAUGAACAGUAUGAUGAGAAAGUGAGAGAACGAUAUGAUGAAGUGAUGGCUGUGUGCCAGAGCUUUCCCGACUUGCACAUUGAUAUCAAGUUUAAAGUACUUGGUGAAUCAGAGACUGAAUAUGUGACAACUAACUCUUUGGUGACAGUUGUGAUUAAUCUUCAAAGAAAGAGCAUGCAGGAUCUAAUGGUAGAUGAUCUGGGGACAACAGGUGCUGUGGACAGUAAUAGUAGAACAGAUGACGUGGAGAAGCUUGUUAGCAAAAGCAAGCCGUGGGAGAAAAACAAAAAGAAGAAAGUCAAGAAAGCUAAACCACCAGCUAAGGCAAAAAAGCUGAAGGCAAAAAAGGCUGUUGCUAACAAGGAGGACAACAAAAUUGGGUGCUCUAUUGAAGAUAUCGAAGCAGGUGAAGAAGCUGAUGAAAGUGAAGACAGAUCUGAUGAUGAUGUAGAAGAGAGUCACAAACCUGAAAAAAGACUGAAGUCUUCUUGCAAGAAGGCACAACGACAAAGAACAGAAUUGAAAGAUGACUCGGGAAGCCAGUCAGAUGACAAAGCUGUAGACUAUGACAAAGAUAAUGAUGAAGAAGAUGGAGAUGACGAACAAGAAGACAACAAAUCAAUGGAUGAUGAUGAAAUGUGGGAAGAAAUUCAGAGAGAAAUGCGACCGAGAGAAAAGAUAUUACACGACAAGUCAACAGAGACUCAUCUUGUUCAUGCACCUUACUUUCCUAAAGAGAAGCAGGAGUGGUGGUGGGUUUAUUUGGUGGAGGAAUCACGAAAUGAUGUCAAAAUGAAUUAUUUGAGAUCAAUGCCCAAGUUGGUGACAUCACUCAAAGAUGAAGAAGAGAUUGAGUUGAAGUUUGGUGCUCCAUCACAAAGUGGAAAAUACAAGUAUACAGUAUGGGUUAGGUCAGACUGCUACAUUGACUUUGACCAACAGCAGUCACUGAUGUUGGAAGUACAUAAAGAUGAAGGCCAACCUGUGGAGAAUGGUCAAGAUGAAUCAAGAAGCGAACCUGAAGAAGGAGAACUGUCAGGUGAUGGCAGUGGGUUUUCAUCAACAGAUGAAGACUGAGUAUAUGCUUUCAAAGUCAAAUGUCAUUAUAACAAACAAACAGAAAAUUGUCUCACUGGUUAAGUAUUUUAAUAAUUGGCAAUACAGAGGCUUGAAUUUGA